CAACUAUCACAUGAUUAUGAAUUUAAAAAAAUUGAUGCAAUUCAAGUUUCAUCUUCAUCAAGUAAUUGGUGAUAUCAAAGAAAGAAGACAGAGAGCCAAGUACCCAUCUUGAUCAACGGUUUCCAAAAAGCAAAAUUUUGGAACUUGAGCGUGGAAAAAUGGACCCUUUUUAGAUUGGAUUGUUCUACUUCGACCCAUUACCAUGUUUUUUGCUUGUCCUAUUCGAAUACCGGCGCUUUCAAUCACAUUUGCUCGAAGAAUUACAUGCAGCGCCAUGUCGAAAGGAAGUUCGUCCUCCUUGCCAACAAGUUCGAACGAAGUCCCUCCUAACCCGGGAAUUUCGAGUGUUAAGUCCUCCAAUGGCGUUUCUGAGCCUGAAACUCGGGUAUUUGUGAGGAGAAGAGUGAAAAAGAUUGCAGAAAGUCAAGAUAGUGGGUUUGAAGUUGAACCUAAAAUCGACACUAAACGCUCCUGUCCUCCUAAUAUUGAAGAUUUUGCAUUCAAAAGAACAAAGGAUUCCCCUGGAUCAAGGGAGUCAAAGCCUCCUCCAGAUCUUCUUCUCAACGGAAUUGAAGGUUCUACUCCAACUACACAUAAAGGCAAUGCAGGACGAGGUAAACCACCUGAGAAUUGGGAAAAAGUUCUUAAAGGAAUUCGGGAAAUGAGGUCCUCUGAAGAAGCUCCAGUAGAUACCAUGGGAUGUGGACGAGCUGGUAGUACUCUUCCUCCCAAGGAAAGAAGAUUCGCUGUCUUGGCAUCUUCUCUUCUCUCAAGCCAAACCAAAGACCACGUGACUCAUGGAGCAGCAUUGCGUCUCCAAGAAAGUGGUCUUCUUACUGCUGAAGCCAUGGACAAAGCUGAUGAAGAAACCAUUAAAAGUUUGAUUUACCCGGUUGGAUUUUAUUCCACAAAGGCUAAGAAUUUGAAGAAGAUUGCAAAAAUAUGUCUUAUGAAGUAUGGUGGGGACAUACCUAGAUCAUUGGAGGAGCUACUUCUGCUACCUGGGAUAGGCCCUAAGAUUGCACAUUUGAUCAUGAUUAUGGCUUGGAACGAUGUUCAGGGGAUAUGUGUAGACACUCAUGUGCAUCGCAUUUGCAAUCGGCUUGGGUGGGUGUCUGGGAAAGGCUCAAAACAGAAAACAUCAACUCCUGAAGAAACUCGAGUAGGAUUAGAACUGUGGCUGCCAAAAGAAGAAUGGGUUCCAAUUAAUCCUCUUCUGGUUGGAUUUGGACAGACUAUUUGCACUCCCCUUAGACCCAAAUGUGGAAAUUGCAGUGUUAGUGACCUAUGCCCAUCUGCAUUCAAGGAGUCUUCAAGCCCAUCUCCCAAGUUAAAGGGUUCAAGUUCUACCAAAAAGUUGUGAUCAUCUUUCUGUAUGAAUGAAUAUAUUUACUAGUCAUACAAUUCCCCCCAAGUUUUUGAUCUUCUAUCUCUUUUUUUUUUUUCUCUUUUUUGACACCAUAAUGGUUUACAGAUUUAGAGCUUCCAUUAUGGUUUCUAUCGCCAAGUGUUGAUAGAUAGAUAGGUGGAUAUUGAAGGAUUUCAAUUGGCCAAUGUUGUGUAGAACGAAACUUGUUAUUGAUGUUAUAAUGUAUUGAUGCUCUUGGUACAUGUUUUAUACAUUAUACGAUAAUUCAUCAUCAUUAUUAUUGACUAA